AUGAAUGUUCAACCGACAAAGUACACCGGCCUGGUGGCCGACCUGAUGCCGAACAUCCGGCUGAUGCAAGGUUUCGGUCACUUUCUGUUCCGCUAUGUGACCGGACCGAUUUUCAUUCGCAAGAUUUACUCUUGGUGGAAUCUGGUGAUGAUCCUGUUGCAAUUUGUCGCCAUCAUGGGCAACCUGGUGAUGAACACGGGCGACGUUAACGAGCUGACAGCCAACACCAUAACGACGCUGUUUUUCACCCACUCGGUGACCAAGUUCAUCUACUUUGCCGUCAACUCGGAAAACUUUUACCGAACGCUGGGAAUCUGGAACCAACCGAAUGUUCAUACGCUAUUCGCCGAGUCGGACGCCCGGUAUCAUUCGAUUGCCCUGGCCAAGAUGCGAAAACUGCUGGUCAUGGUGAUGGCAACAUCGUUGCUUUCGGUUGUCGCGUGGAUAACUAUAACCUUCUUUGGCGAAAGCGUGAAGAACGUGAUGGAUAAGGAUACCAAUGAAACCUACCAGGUGGAAAUUCCACGGCUACCAAUCAAGGCGUUGUACCCAUGGGAUGCCAUGAGCGGAGUGGCGUACGUUUUCUCCUUCAUUUAUCAGGCUUAUUUCCUGCUGUUCUCGAUCUGCCAGGCCAAUCUCGCCGAUGUGCUGUUCUGCUCUUGGUUGCUUUUUGCCUGUGAACAAUUGCAACAUCUGAAGGGAAUUAUGCGCCCCUUGAUGGAGCUCUCCGCCUCGCUGGACACCUACCGACCCAACUCGGCAGCCCUGUUCCGUGCCAUUUCCGCCGGAUCCAAGUCGGAGCUGAUUUUGAAUGAAGAAAAAGACCCCGCAACGAAGGACUUUGACUUGCAAGGCAUCUACAACUCGAAGGCGGACUGGGGAGCGCAGUUCCGGGCGCCGUCUACGUUGCAGACUUUUAACGACAACAACGCCAUGAACGGGAACCCGAACGGGCUGACCCAUAAACAGGAGCUGAUGGUCCGGAGUGCGAUUAAGUACUGGGUUGAGAGACACAAGCACGUUGUUCGCCUCGUGUCGGCCAUCGGUGAUACCUACGGUGCUGCCCUGUUGCUGCAUAUGUUGACCUCGACCAUCAAGCUGACCCUGCUGGCCUACCAGGCUACCAAAAUCGAUGGACUCAACGUGUACGGUCUGACCGUGAUCGGUUAUCUGGUGUACGCUUUGGCUCAGGUGUUCCUGUUCUGCAUAUUCGGCAACCGACUGAUUGAGGAGAGCUCAUCGGUGAUGGAGGCGGCCUAUUCGUGCCACUGGUACGACGGGUCCGAGGAGGCGAAAACUUUCGUGCAGAUCGUUUGCCAACAGUGCCAGAAGGCGAUGACCAUUUCCGGGGCAAAGUUUUUCACCGUUUCACUGGAUCUGUUUGCAUCGGUUCUGGGAGCGGUCGUCACCUACUUCAUGGUGUUGGUGCAGUUGAAAUAAGUUUUUUAUCUUUAAAUUGUUGAAAUUUAUACCGUACUAUUGUUAACACUGAUAAAUCCAAACGGCAAUACAUGACAUGACAUCGAUUUUUGUACCUAGCAUUUAAGAAAAAUUGGUCAAUAUACAGAAAACUAGACUAGACUCAGUGCACUGCUGUGUAGAAGAGUA